AUGGUUGAAGAAUGUGCGUCAUUUUCGCAUAACGACGACUUCACUAUUGACGUCACCAGUUCCAGAUCCGAUGACUACCAUCAAUUGUUUCAGGGUGAAGUGAAUUGUAGUUUUAGACAAAUAAAUUUAUGUGGAGGGGAUAAUGCACCUUCGCCUAGGGCUGCCCAUUCUGCUACCGUUGUGGGUAACUGUAUCUUGUACUUUGGAGGCUGGUCCGGAAAUAUGGCCUUAGGGGAUGCAUAUGUAUACCAUACGUCGUUGAAGAAGUGGUGUCGGGUUAUACUUGUUGAAGAUGAGAUCACUCAGAAAAAUUCGAAGAAGAAGUCCAAAAAUAUUUUGGCCAGAAAUAACCACGCUGCGGAAAUAGUUAAUACGGUGAAACCAGAGGAGAAAUCAGAAGUCUACAUUCACGGAGGUCAUGACGGCACCAAUUGGCUAUCGAAUAUGUUUUGCAUUGAUGUAAAAAAUCUUGAAUACCAAGCCAGAAAUGCCGAUCCAUCAGAAUUCAUAAAAUUAAAUAUUUGUGCAAUCGAGCAGCAUGGUAAAGCGCCCACAAAACGUGCUUGCCAUUCUCUUACCCAGGCUGGUGGAUUGAUUUACGCCUUUGGUGGCUUUGACGGCACUAUUUGUUACAACGAUCUUGACGUAUUUACACCUAAUAGCUCACACUGGGCCAGAUUGAGUAAGCCUCACGGCAAAAAACCUAGUGCCAGAAACGCCCAUAUCAUGCUGGCUGAUAGUACUGAAGAAAAUUUGUACCUAUUUGGCGGCCAUUCGGGCAAAUCAUACUACAGAGAUGUAUACCAAUAUUGCAUUUCCAAGCAUACUUGGACGCUCAUAGACCCAAAUGGUGAUCUCCCCCCUUCAGCACGCGGAUUGGCUGGCUCGCUGCUAAAAAACAAAUUUUACAUUUUUGGUGGCUUUGACGGCAAUAUUCGGAAUUCUGACAUUUAUGAAUUUGAUCCGGAGUCCAAAGUUUGGACCUUUAUAAAUCAAUCGAACAAAAUGCUAACAGAUAGGCAACGCCAUUCAAUGGUCACUGUAAACAAUAUUUUGUACGUUUUUGGCGGUUAUGAUGGUGUUAAAUGGUUGUGCGACUUGUAUGGUAUUACAUGUCACCGUCAGUCAUCCAACAACACAACAAAUAAGUCUUUGCAAACUUUACUAAGCAAUCUAUCGCGACUUGUUGGCUCUUCGUUAUUUAGUGAUGUGACAAUAUGUGUUGAUGGUAAAGAUAUACCAGCUCACAAAAGCAUAUUAUCCGCCAGUUCUAGUUACUUUUACAAUCUAUUUAUCGUCCCUGAUUCUCCAUCAAAAAUUCAAUUGCAUGGCUGGUCCUAUGAAGCGUCACUUAAUAUGAUUGAAUACUUGUAUACGGCAAAGAUUAACGACUUUGCUGCAUUUUCUUAUUACAGAUUGUGUGAGCUCAUGGGUCUUGCUGAUGGUAUCCAACUCAGUUCCCUGAAGAUGCUGUGCCAGGAUGAGUUGCAGGAGAAGAUCAACUGCGAGAAUGCAUGCUAUCUUCUCAAAUGUUCCAGUUUGUAUAAGGCAGAUAACUUAAAAAAUGCAUGCUUUUCGUACAUUUCGGAGCAUUCGGAUCAGGUGAUGCAUACUUCAUCUUUUGAAGAGUUAUCAAGCGUUCCAGCCCUCGUACUUGAACUUGCUAAAUUUAUGAAUAAAAAGUGA